AUGAUAAAUCCAAGACUGUUUUUAAGAACCAUGACUAGGACAAAUAUUUGGAAACCAAGAUAUUAUGAUAUUGGAGUCAAUUUUUCUGAUUCAAUGUUUCAAGGAUAUUAUAAUGGAUCAUCAACAUCAAAGCAUCCUUGUGAUAUUCAUUCAGUUAUUGAACGAGCCCAUUUAUUUCAUGUUGAUAAAAUGUUAAUUACAGCUCUGACUAUUAAAGAAAGUGAAGAUCAUUUUGAAUUAUGUGAAAAAUAUUCAAAUCAAUUUGAUUCAACUGCUGGUGUACAUCCAUGUUCUGUUGCUUCGGAAUUUUAUAAAUUGAACGAAACCAACAAAAAAGGUGAGGAAGCAAAUGAUAGUAAUAGAUAUUCCGAAGAAUUACGUGAUGAUGUUGAUAUAAAAUUGAACAAGUUGAGAAAUAUUAUUAUAAAAGGGUAUAAAUUAGGUCAUGUCAAGGCAUUUGGUGAAAUCGGAUUAGAUUAUGAUCGAUUACAUUACAGUUCAAAACAUCAACAAUGUGAAAUGUUGAUUAAACAACUUGAUUUAUUAGAUAGUUUACAAACUGAAUUAAACGUUCAAUUACCAUUAUUCUUACAUAUGAGAGCCGCAUGUGAUGAUUUCAUCAAGAUUUUCAAACCUUAUAUUGACAGGGGAAUAAUUAAUCCUAUUAAUGGAGUAGUUCAUUCAUUCACUGGAACAGAACAAGAAUUAAAUCAAUUAUUACAACUUGGAUUUUAUAUUGGUGUUAAUGGUUGUUCAUUGAAAACUGAAGAAAAUUUACAAGUUGUGAAAAAAAUCCCCAUUAAUAGAUUAUUAAUUGAAACCGAUGCCCCAUGGUGUGAAAUUAGAAAAAGUCAUGCUGGUUAUAAGUUUAUCAAUACAACUUAUCCUAAUAAGUUUUAUCCUGAAAUAGAUAAUACCAAACAACAACAACAACAACUACUACCAAUUACUAAAAAUUCUCCAAUAAAAUUACAUGAGAAUUUACCAUUCCCAUCAAUUAAAAAAGAGCAUUAUCAGAAACAUUCAGAUUUUGUUCAAAAAUCAAAAGAAAAUGCCAAUGAUCCAGAAUUACUCGAAACAAGAAUUGGAGUUUUAGCUGAUCCUAUGAUCAAAUCUAGAAAUGAACCAGUAAAUGUUGGUUUAGUGGCAGAAAUAAUUUGUGGAUUGCAUGAUUUCAAAAAUGAUACCGAAAUAGAGAAUUUCAUAGAUACGGUGUUUGAAAAUUCUUGUCAAUUGUUCAAAACUUGA